CGAUGGGCAGGACCACCUGAUCUGUUCAUAACAUUCACAUGUAACCCAAAGUGGCCUGAAAUUACAGAAUUCUUAGCAAACAUACCUGGACAACGACCCGAAGACAGGCCAGAUGUCGUGGUCCGCGUCUUCAAAAUAAAGCUUGAUGAGUUGAUAUGUGAUCUAACAACAAAAGAACAUUUUGGGAGAACAAUAGCAGUAAUAUAUACCAUUGAAUUUCAGAAACGAGGCUUGCCGCACGCUCAUAUUCUGCUGUUUUUACAUCCAGAUGACAAGCCACUAACUCCAGAAGACAUAGACAGAAUCAUUUGUGCAGAGUUACCAGACAAAGAGGUAGACUUAAUUGGAUAUGAAAUAGUAGUCCAAUCAAUGAUGCAUGGGCCUUGUGGGUCAAUGAACGAACGCUCACCUUGCAUGGAAGAUGGAAAAUGCUCAAAACACUACCCAAGAAGUUUCCAGGAAACAACAACUGUGAAUGAUGAGGGGUAUGCACUGUAUACAAGACGUAAUAAUGGGCAUACAGCAACAAAGAAUGGUCAAGUUCUGGAUAACAGGUUUGUAAUCCCAUACAAUAUUGAUCUGGUGGUGAAAUUUCAGGCCCACAUAAAUGUGGAAUGGUGCAACAAAGAUAGGUCACUGAAAUACUUAUUCAAGUAUAUGAACAAAGGCCCUGACAUGGCACUUGCAAGAAUUGAACAGGCUCGGGAAGGAAAUAAUGGCAACGAAGCACAAAACCACCAGGAGCAAGUUAUAGAUGAGAUUCAAAAUUAUCUAAAAUGUAGAUAUGUGUCAGCCUCUGAAGCAUGUUGGAGAAUAUUCUCAUUCAUCAUCCAAUACAAAAACCCCCCUGUACAGAGGCUAACGUUUCAUUUGGAGGGUCAUCAAGAAGUCAUUUUUGAAGACCAUGAGCACUUGGACGAUGUCCUGGAAAGAGUUGGGGCAAAGAAAACAACAUUGACAGAGUGGAUGACAGCUAACAGGAUGUAUCCAGAAGCGCGCGAACUCACAUAUGCAGACUUCCCAACAGAAUGGGUAUGGUUAAGCGACGAGAAAAGAUGGAAGCCUAGAGAAAACGGGAGCAGCAUUGGAAGGAUAUACUUUGCACACCCUGCCUCCGGGGAGAAGUACUACUUAAGAUUGCUUCUGAAUAUUGUCAAAGGUGCCACAUGCUUCGCAGACAUCCGGACGGUGAAUGGAAUCAUACAUCCUACAUACAAGGCAGCAUGUCAUGCCCUUGGGCCUCUUGAUGGGGACAAUGAAUGGCACGAGGGAUUAGUUGAAGCAGCCACAUGGUCUAACGGCCCACAAUUGCGGGAACUCUUUGUUACAAUGCUCUUAUUCUGUGAAGUGUCAGACCCAAAAGAGUUGUGGGAAAAGCAUUGGACAGACUUAUCGGAUGACAUUGUUUACCGACAACGUCAAAGACUGGGAAUUGCAGACCUAAGUCUAGCAGAAGAUCAGAUUCAGAACUACACCCUCUAUGAGAUUGAACAACUACUAAACAGAGACAAUAGAAGCCUCAAAGACUACCACGGCAUCCCAUUACCAGAUGCAGCCCUACUUCAAGAAGCAGGAAAUAGGAUGCUACUGGAAGAGCAUGACUACGACACAGAAUCAUUGGCUAGCGAUGCUCGCGAUUUAGAACAGGACCUUAAUGAUGACCAAAGACAUGUUUAUGACAACAUCCUUCAAGCAGUGUACGAGAGUAGAGGUCAACUAUUCUUUGUCUAUGGUAGUGGUGGCACAGGGAAGACAUAUCUUUGGAGAGCAUUAAUAUCCAAGCUUCGCUCCGAAGAACAAAUAGUACUUGCAGUGGCAUCAUCAGGAAUAGCAGCUUUACUACUCCCUUCUGGCCGUACUGCCCAUUCCAGGUUCAAAAUCCCACUGGUGUUAAGUGAAAAUUCGUGCUGCAACAUUGACCAAGGCUCUGACCUCGCAGAACUAAUCCGACGAACAAAGCUCAUAAUAUGGGAUGAAGCUCCCAUGGUACAUAGGCAUGGCUUUGAAGCACUUGACCGAACUUUUCGAGAUGUAAUGCAGCUUCAUGACCAAUCGUCAAAGGACAAAGUUUUUGGAGGCAAGGUAGUAGUCUUAGGAGGGGAUUUUCGGCAAAUACUACCUGUUGUUCCAAAAGGAGGACGAGUAGAAAUUGUAGAUGCAUCUGUGAGCAAAUCCAAGACCAUAUGGCCAGAGUGCAUUGUCCACACACUAAGGACAAAUAUGCGAAUAAAGCGGUCAAACCUAGACCAAGUCGAUAUAGAGCGAUCAGAAUUCAGCAAAUGGGUUCUAGAUAUGGGAAACGGGCAUAUUCCAGCAACAACAAAAGAAGGCGAGGAUGAACCGACAUGGAUAGAAAUACCCGAGGACUUACUUAUACAUGGAGAUGAUCCUAUUGCUGCAUUGGUGGAAGAGGUGUACCCAGAAAUUUUACACAGGCACAUGGACCCAAAGUACCUCCAACAACGGGCCAUACUUGCUCCAAAAAAUGAAACAGUUGACAAGAUCAAUGGAUACAUACUCCAAAUGAUCCCAGGAGAGGAAAUAACCUACAAGAGCGCAGACAGAAUCUGCCCAGCAACAACAGGUGGGAGAAAUGUGCAAUCACUGUACCCUACUGAAUUCCUCAACAGCCUACAAUUUCCAGGUGUGCCCAAUCAUGAAAUACAACUCAAAGUAGGGUGUCCUGUAAUAUUGUUGAGGAACAUCAACCAAAGAGAGGGACUAUGUAAUGGGACACGCCUUAUUGUCACCAGAUUGAACCAUAGAAUCAUUGAAGCACAAGUUGUCACUGGAAUAAAUGCGGGGGACAUGGUCAGCAUUCCACGAGUAGAAAUGUCACAAUCAGAUUCAAAAUGGCCAUUCAUCUUAAAGCGCCGGCAGUUCCCAAUCAAAGUUUGCUUCGCAAUGACAAUCAAUAAGAGUCAAGGACAAACAUUCGACCAUGUGGGAAUAUACUUGCCAGAACCAGUAUUCAGCCAUGGCCAACUAUAUGUUGCUGUAUCCAGAGUCACUACACGGAGUGGACUCAAAAUCUGCAUCCCAAGAACAAGCACCGAUGAUCAGCAAACUGGAAAAACAAAAAAUGUGGUCUACAAAGAAAUAUUCAAUGAUCUAUAAUCUGUUCAAGACAUUGAAACUUCAUUAAAAACAAGGCUCUGUUCAGAAUGUUUGUUUUUACCUGUUUCUUAGUUUAGAAAAACUCCCUGAUUUAGCAUAAAAAAAUAAGACUGCCAACUUACUAAAUCAUCACAGAAAUGCAUCAUUGUCUACAUUGCAUCAUUUGAAUCAUUGUCUCAUUAACAGCUUCAUUCCUUACAUUAUUGAUAGAACUUUGGUUGUGAACUUCCGUGCAUAACUAACUGAUUAUGAAAUUUGUUCCAGGAUCUAAGACUUUGAAAAAUGGCAACAAAUCAAAACAUUGCUGACCUCAGGCCCACUUUGAGGGGAGGACCCUUGCUGGCACGAGUUAUAAGAACAUGGGAUGUGGUAUACAACUCGAGCGAACAACCAACCGCUUUUGAUUUCCUUCUGUUAGACAAACAAGGAGGGCUCAUUCAAGCCACUAUGAGGAAGGAUUUGAUGAAAACUUACAAGGAUCAAAUUGUGGAAGGAAAUAUACACACAAUUAACAACUUUGAAGUGGCUAGAAACAACAAGCUUCAUUGCCCGGUAAAAAAUGACAUGCUUAUCAGAUUCACCCCUUUUACAACUGUUUUUCAAGAACAAGAAAAUGCAGCAACAAUCCCGAUGAACAACUUCCAGAUACAUCCAUUAGAUCGUUUGCAAGAGAGGAACAACAAAAGUGACUACGCCAUAGAUGUAGUUGGCUUGCUAAUUGGAGUUGAGGAGAAAACCUGGGUCAAUGUUGGAUUACAAAGAACCCCAAUACGAAGGAUUCAAAUUGAAGAUCAAUGCAACACCAAGGUUGUGGUUACUUUGUGGGGAGCAAAAGCUGACUUGAUAGACACUCACAUAACACAGGAUUAAGACAACUUCAAAGUACUACUCAUCACCUCAACAAAAGUGAGUAUGUAUCAAGGAAACUAUCAGUUGAACUCUACAAAUGCAACGCAGAUACACAUCAACCUGCCAAUUCCAGAAAUAGAAGGUUUCAAGCAAGGGUAACAAAUUCAUAUAAACCCAUAUUCAUAACCCAAGUUUAUAACUGAAACAUAAUCACAAACUAACACAUU